CACUGAGAAACCAACUUCCCUAAAACUUUCCAAGUGACUUCUACUUCUCCUUCAUUGGCCAGACUGGACUGCACGGCCACUCAUGGCUGCAACAGAUGCUGGACAUUGAGUUUUUAAGCUGUGCAUGUGACCACCUUCAACACAACCAGGUUUUGCGAGAGAGAAAUGAGAGAAUAGUGGACAUGGGCAGCCCUUCUGUAGUCUCAACUCUGCCUACCGAGGGAGACGUGAAUCAAACUGUCACAAAGUCAUGUAAAAUGAUGACAAAAUAACAAUAGCAUGUGGCUCUGGCUGAGCAUAUGACCAGGGGUCUGGACCCGGGCUGGGACUCCAUGAGGGCUUUGCUGAGAAGGUGCCAUUAGCACCAAGGCCUGAGCAUGCCUAACAGCUCCCGGGCACACAGAUGCGAGGGGACCUGACAUAGAUGGGCACACACGAGCUCCAUGGCCCUGUGCAGGGGUUUCAUCCCGAUCCUACGAGCCACAGAAAGCCCUGGGGAGUCAUAGAGGCGAGUGGAUUUAUGAAGGUAUCACCCUUGCUGCACCGUGGGAGGUGGGUUGGAAAAAUGAAUAGUUCAGAGAGACCCACUGGGCAAGAGAUGACAAUCCUUGGGAGGGGACCAGGUGGCUUUUGGGUUCCUCAGAAGCAGGUGAUUCCAGGCAGGAGUAAUAGGGCUGUGGAAACUGAGACGGGGAAGGAAGAGAAGGUGAUAAAUGUCACUUUAUCACUCCAUGGGCUCACCUAAGGAGCUGGCAUGGAGCACACAGCUCAGAGUGGCAAAGGAGUUGGAAUGCAUAGCAGCCAGUUCCCCGUCAGCCGGAGGUGGGGGCUGCUUCUGGGCAAGCCGUGUGUUGUUUUUUUUUUCUUUUUUGAGAUAGAGCCUUAAGCUGUUGCCCUCAGUAGAGUGCUGUGGCAUCACAGCUCACAGCAACUUCCAACUCCUGGGCUCAAGUGAUUCUCCUGCCUCCCAAGUAGCUGGGACUACAGGCACCCACCACAACGCCCGGCUAUUUUUGGUUGCAGCCGUCAUUGUUGUUUGGCAGGUCCAGGCUGGAUUCGAACCCACCAGCUCAGGUGUAUGUGGCUGGCGCCUUAGCCGUGUUCUUUACUUUGCUUAUUUGGUGCCUGGGGGUGAAGUGGUUUUCAAUGGUUGGAGAGGCCUCCAGACAAAGGGAAGCAGGGCUGGUGGCGGAAAAAAGAGGUUGGUGAGCACAGGAGCCAGGCAGGGUCUGCUCAAAGGGGUGGAGGGGAAGAGAGGCACGGAAGAGCUGUUCUGGGGAGAACGUAGACCAGACCCAGUGAGGAAUAGGAUCAGGAAUGAGGUGGGCAAGGGAGAAUCCAGGAUGACCCCUCGCUGCUGGACUUGAGCAACUGGAGGAAAAGGUGAAGGAAGACCAGGAGCUUUGGGGGAGAGGAGAUGAAGAUCACGAAAGCAGUUUCAGGCUGCAUGGGGCUGUGGGACAACACGAGCUGCUGGCCCUCCUCUGCUCCAGGACAGACUGUGCAAGUGGAGUGCCCCAGAUUCCUCCAGCUGUUCUCGAGCACAAACGGUUCCAUAUUUCGAAACUGCACACAAGAUGGCUGGUCGGAAACCUUCCCCAGUCCUGACCUGGCCUGUGGGGUUAAUGUGAAUGGCUCCUUCAAUGAGAAAUGGCACUCAUACCUGCUUAAGCUGAAGGUCAUGUACACUGUUGGCUACAGCUCAUCCCUGGCGAUGCUCCUGGUCGCCCUCAGCAUCCUGUGCUUUUUCCGGAAGCUCCACUGUACCCGCAACUACAUCCACAUGCACCUGUUUGUGUCCUUCAUCCUGCGCGCCCUGUCCAACUUCAUCAAGGACGCCGUGCUCUACUCUUCUGAUGAUGACACCUACUGCGAUGCCCCAGCUUUGGAGAGGGUGGGCUGCAAGCUGCUCAUGGUCUUCUUCCAGUACUGCAUCAUGGCCAACUACGCCUGGCUGCUGGUGGAAGGCCUCUACCUUCACACACUCCUCGUCGUCUCCUUCUUCUCAGAAAGGAAGUGGCUGCAGGGAUUCAUCGCCCUCGGGUGGGGUUCUCCAGCCAUUUUUGUUGCUGCGUGGGCUCUCACUAGGCACUUUCUGGAAGAUGUUGGGUGCUGGGACAUCAAUGCCAAUGCGUCUGUCUGGUGGGUCAUUCGCGGGCCUGUGAUCCUCUCCAUCCUGAUUAAUUUCAUCCUUUUCAUAAACAUUCUAAGAAUCCUGAUGAGAAAACUUAGAACCCAAGAAACAAGAGGAAAUGAAGUGAACCAUUAUAAGCGCCUGGCAAAGUCCACCCUCUUGCUGAUCCCCCUCUUUGGCAUCCACUACAUCGUUUUCGCCUUCUCCCCAGAGGACGCCAUGGAGAUCCAGCUAUUUUUUGAAUUGGCCCUUGGUUCAUUCCAGGGACUGGUGGUAGCUGUCCUUUACUGCUUCCUCAACAGGGAGGUGCAGCUGGAGGUCCAGAAGAAGUGGCAGCAGUGGCACCUCCGUGAGUUCCCGCUGCACCCUGUGGUCCUCAGUUUCUUCAGCAAUGGCACCAAGGCCGGCCCCUCGGAGCAGAGCUGGAGCACUUGCAGGGCCAGCAUCAUCUGAGAGGCUGGAGCAGGACCGCCCAUGCAUAGAGGCUGAGAUGCGUCCUGAGAGAGCUGGACACUGCUCUGGGACAGCCCAUCUUCCCAGCAGACACUCUGCUCUCUCCUGUGUGGGUCCCUUACAACUGAAGGGACUUGGGGCAUGAGGCCCUGGGAUUAGUCUGUUACUCUGGGAAGAGCAACUCAGGCAUCCCAGAAGGGAAUAGAGAAAUAAAUGAGACUUGGGAUGAGA